AUGUCCAUGCUGCCGGAAUCGAAUCCUUAUGUUUCUUCUUCCCCUGUUCCUCCAUCUUCCAUGAAAAAUAAGAAGGAGACUGUGAAGGAUGCCCUUUGGAAAUGGAGAAAGAAAGCAGAAGAAACAACUAAAAAAGCAGAGGAUCUUGCAGGAAAUAUGUGGCAACAUUUGAAAACAAGUCCCAGUAUUACUGAUGCUGCUGUAGGAAGGAUUGCACAAGGAACAAAAGUUCUUGCUGAAGGCGGUUAUGAAAAGAUUUUUCGACAAUCAUUCGAAACAAUUCCAGAAGAGAAAUUUCUAAAAUCAUAUGCUUGUUACCUAUCAACAUCUGUUGGUCCAGUCAUGGGAACAUUGUAUUUGUCUUCUGUUAAACUCGCAUUUUCUAGUGACAAUCCUCUUUUAUAUCAAGUUGAUGAAGAAACAACAAAUUGGAGCUUUUAUAAGGUGGUUAUGCCAUUGCAUCAGAUGAAAACAGUUAAUCCAUCAAUCAAUAAAGAAAAUCCAAAUGAAAAGUUUAUCCAAAUUAUAUCCGUUGAUAAUCACGAGUUUUGGUUCAUGGGCUUUGUACAGUACGAUAAGGCUGUGGCGACUCUGAAAGGCGUAAUGGAAGGGAGCGGUUAGGUUUCGUCGAUAUAUAAUAAUUUGAUUUUUAAUAUGCAUAUAUUUUUAUAGUUUCAGUUGCAUUUGCAGUACAUUCAUAUAUGUUCAAUUAAAAAUUUAUGUCUUAAUUAGUAAUUUGAGAGUUUUAUCUUCUCUCAAACCACCAUAUUUCUUGUAUUAAUAAUGAAAAUGUGGAUGUAUAUGAAAUUGUCAAUUGUCUCCCAGUGGUGAAAUAUAAAAACAAAACUAUCCAUAUGGAGGUAAUGAUGAUUUAGCCUUGUUAAUUUUU